UUCUUUCUUCAGCAUUCAACAGCUUAGUUGGCUUGCAGGACAAAGACAUUCAGGGAAAAGCAUGGCAUCAAGAAACCGUGUCCCCAGCCUUCCUGAAAAGAUUCAUUCCUUACUAGGAUUGAAGUCACAUCUGACUUCCAGCUGGGUUAAAUCUGUUUGUGAUAUAAUAAGAAACCAACCUUCUCAAGGACAAUCCACUAAGACUCAAUUAACCAUUACAAAUUUUGAGAUAAACAGUUGUUCAGAGAACCGUGAUGAUGAUGAUGAUUUAAGCAAUGCUGCCUCAAAUAUUAGAGAUGAACUCGCUAUCUUGACUGCCCACAUUAAUGAAUUGAACAAACAGAGAAGGCAGGUUCUAAAUGAAUUUCUGGACCUGAAAGGUAACAUUCGAGUGCUUUGUCGUAUAAGACCCAUCACAAUAGGGGAGAACUUUGGCCGUUUUAGGCCUGUCGUUGCAUUAGAUUCGAGUAAUGUUCAUCUAAGACUUACUGAUAAUAAGAGUAAAAGUUACAGUUUCGACGUGGUUUUCCACCCAGGCUCAUCACAAGAUGAAGUCUUUUCAGAAGUUGAGCCAGUCAUCAAAUCCGCACUUGAUGGCUACAAUGCAUGCAUAUUUGCAUAUGGACAGACGGGCACAGGGAAAACCUUCACCAUGGAAGGAACUCCAGAUUUUCCCGGAGUGGUGCCCCGUGCAAUCGAAGCACUGUUUAAGCAAGCAGUGGAUAGCAACCAUGCGUUUCUAUUCAGUUUCAGUAUGCUUGAGAUUUAUAUGGGAAAUCUAAAAGACCUGCUCAUUCCUCAACCAACAAAGGCAAUGGAUCCACUGCCACCAUGCCUCUCAAUCCAAACAGAUCCAAAGGGUGGGAUUGAAAUUGAAAACCUUGUGGCUAUUCAAGUGAGUGACUUCAACCAAGCUUUGAAACUAUAUAGACUAGGGUGCCGGUUCAGGUCAACUGCAUCAACAAAUUGUAACGUUACUUCCAGCAGAUCACACUGCUUGAUUCGCAUAUCAGUCACAUGUAGUGGAGCGCCUGAGAGGCGACGAGAAACAAAUAAAGUUUGGUUUGUUGACCUGGGAGGAAGUGAGCGUCUGCUGAAGACAAAGGCAUGGGGAAGAAGACUAGAAGAAGGAAAAGCCAUUAACUUGUCACUUUCCUCUCUUGGAGAUGUCAUCAAUGCCCUUCAGACUAGAAAGGGCCAUGUACCUUUCAGGAAUAGCAAGCUGACGCAGGUUCUUAAAGAUUCCCUUGGAAAGGACUCAAAAACUCUAAUGCUUGUCCACAUCAGUCCUAAAGAAGAAGAUCUCUGCGAGACAGUGUGUUCUUUGAAUUUUGCAACAAGGGUGAGAAGCGUUCAUCUAGGGAAUACAGAUUCAACUGAAGAAAGGCAGAAGGAAGUUGCAAUGAUCAAUCUGCAACAAAAGAUGACAAUGAUUGAAGUUGAGCGCCAGGAUGUUAGAAUGAGUAUCAAGAAGUUAAAUGAGGAAUUGGAGAAAUUAACAGGGACAACCCAAUCUUCCAGUGAGAAACUGGAUGCUGACAAUUUAUUUAACGACUUGCCCCAAGCUAAUCUUGAAAUAAAUAGGAGCAAGACUAGAAAUAUUGCAGCAGCUCCCUCUUCGCAGGUACCAAGGUUUAUGAGACCUACUAUUUGCAGUAGAAGAAAAUCUGGACCCGAACACCUAACUUUUGAAGAGAAAGUGAGAUUCCCUGCAAGAAGGAGAAGAACAAUGAACCAUCAUGCUAAAUCUGUAAAUUUCCCUGUAAAGGGUACUUCAGAAAACAACUCAGAAUGUAGUAUUUCCAGAAAUAGCUGUUUAGUGGCUUUGAAGAUGAAACGUAGUGCAGAUGUAGAAACAGAAUGCAGUCAGGAUCUAUCAGAAUGUGAUAUUAAAGAGGUUGUAUUCCCAGAACAGGAAGCAUCACCAAAAUGCUCCAAUCAUCACAGAGAUCAUAGUGAGGAAUAUGAAAAUAGACAUAAAAGUAAUGCUUGUUCUGCAGAAUAUUAUGUUGAUAAGUGGCUACUCCUAAAUAAGAAUGCACCUGCUACCCCAGAGAAGAAACAUAUAUGUAAUGGACAAAAAGAAAGAGACCAUUUGCAGGAUAAGGAAGUCCAAAACCGCAAGAAUGCAAUAGAACAGAUUGUCAACCACAACAAAUUGGAGAAGCAUGCUGAUGUGGAGGGAUCUCACAGGUCCAUGCAAGAAGUGGUUAUUACCAAACCUCCCACAAAUUUGAAGGAUUUUGACAAUAUUGACUCAAGAUGUAACUCUGAUUCUCCAUCAGAUGAAUUUGUUGAAGAUAUAAUAAUACAUACAAAAGACAAAUUAGAUGGCGUGCCAAUGGAGACACACAUAUGGAACACCAUUUAUCCACCUGAUAUUUGGUACAGCAGUUUGCAUUUGAAUGAAGAUGAUAAUGGGGUCAACACUUUAUCCCCAAUGCAGGUACCAUUUGGUGAAACAGAAUCCUCAGACAGUUUCUUGUCAAACAAUAGCAAUUGGUGCCAAAUUUCUACCUCUAAUUUAGCUUAUAGCAUUUUGGACUCGAGAGAAGAUUCUGGAAUCUCAAUUUCAAGAAUAGAACUAAAUUCGGGCUGUCAACAAGUGCCUACCACAAUACGUGGGGAAGAAUGUGAAAAGGAAGAUCUGGACACGUUAUUUCAGAGCUCUGCAGAAGGAAUAAGACAUGGCCUACACAAAAUGAGAUCUCAAAGAGCUUUAUUUAUGGAAUAUGUAACUCCAAAGGAAGCAAUCAAGCCACAGCAACUGAUAAAGUCACAAGAAAAUGAUAUGAACUCAGGAAUACGCCAUCUUCUUCUACAGAAAAUUCAGAUUUUAUGGGCCAGUGCUCUUCUAGGGUUAGGAUUUCAGAACUUGGGACUAGAGCAGGAAUUCUUCCUCGGUUUAAUACUUUGAAGCAGCUUCAGUAGGUGACUAUAAAUUUAAAGUCUUAGUAAAUUAAUCUUCAGAUGAUUCUGUCCAUUUGCUAGGUAACAAUAUUCAAUGAAAUAAAGCGACAUUCAUGUAAAAAUGUGCAUUGAAAAAUCAUAUCACAAUGUUUACAAGUUCAAUAUCUUAAUUGCUUUUACGAAGCUCUUUCAGUUUCAAGUUCACCAAGCAAAUCUGAUUUGUACACGAAAUUGAGAUAACUGACAAAGACACUAUAUAAACCACUCUUGUGACUCUCCUUAUGCAAUUUCUACUUCUGAGAAGCUAAUGAAGUGUCUUAUUAACCACGGAGAUUCAUAGAACAUAUAAGCUCUAUAUUUGGCUUCCUUGUAUAUCAUUCUUUUAAUAGGUUUAGAUGAUGACAGGAGCUUGCUAAAUUGGUGUUGGCAUUUUGUUAAGUAUCUUUCUUUGUUUGACACACCAAAUCAUGUAUGUUGUGCCUGAAGAACAAUUUGUAGGAUACCAUGAGGGUGAAGAGCAAGAAUAGUUAUGUUUUUAUAAUCUCUCAGCAGCUCAAAAAGACAGAAGACGUUACGUUGGAAA